AAUUCGUUAUUUUUAUGAAAGCGUCUUCAAUUUCAAAUAAAAUAAAAAUAAAAGAGUCAUUAAAAAUCUUUUAUAAUGUCGAACUUUCCUGCGCUUUCCUCGUUAGCACAGUUUGACGACCUUAUGCGGUGCUCAAAAGAACUGAUUGCUGGCAUCGCCGAAGAAAAAUUUCUGUUGUUCCUUCAUCAAUACGAGACCAUUAAAGUUGAUUAUCAAAGAAUAUUGGAUGAAGUAAGAGAUUUACAAAAUCAAUUAGAUGAACAAACACAGCAAACCAUCGCACUGGAUCGUAAGUUGAACUAUGCUCGAAAGAUGUUAGAAAUGGAACGAAAAUCUAGACGUGAAGUAGAUGCAGGAAAAGCUCAACUGGAAGCAAAGCUUGAUUCUUUGAGAACAAUGCUGUCAAAUGAUCACACGAUGAAAGAUGAAACUCGAAGACAUCUUCAAGUAUUGAGUUCUUAUAGUAAGAAACGAAAAUCCAACUACCAACCAAAUGAGGACGACAUUGCGAAUGACAUGAACUCGACAGGUUCUUUCCUUUCUGAUCUCUCAUUGACCCAAUCAGGAGACGAUCUUUUGGAUCCGAAAUCAACAACAAACAAUGUUAAAUGGAAGAAACAUCGUCCUUCCUUAAACAACAGUGGGAUUUUGUUGAACACAACUACCAGAAAAUCUUUGGCCAGUGCAGAAAAGCGUAAAAGUGCAAGACAAAGCAUAUUGGAAUAUGGAUCAAAUGACAAAAUUGUUUCACAAACGAAACUUAUCAUCCCUACAAACAAAAGAGCUCCAAUUUAUGCUGAUACAAUAAUAAAAUCUUUUCCGAAAGGGCAUUUGGAACCAUCAACUUCUUCAUCUGAUGGAGAUCAAAAUAUGCCUUCUCAUGAUUCAGCAGCAGCAUGUAAAACUCCAACGCCGACUAAAACUCCAUUCAAUAAGAACUUCUUUACACCAUCAGCUCCUUUGUAUGAUGAUUUAGAUAACGUAAAAGAUGACGUUGUUUAUGCAACAGUAAAGAAGAGACCAACAGCAACAAUCAGUUCUCGUCCUCAUAAUUUCUCUUCGAAAACCUUUCUAAAGCCAGAAUCGUGUGGUUUUUGUACGAAAAAAAUUCGUUUCGGAUCAGUUGGGUCAAAGUGCACGAGUUGCCGAACAAAUGUUCAUCAAGAUUGUCGAGAUAAACUUACGAUCACAUGUGUGGCUCAAAAUGGAACUCCUAUGGUAAUGAAGUCAGGAACAGCUUUAGGACAAAUCAGUGACUAUACACCAGACAUCGCUCCAAUGGUCCCAGCACUCAUUGUACAUUGUGUCAAUGAAAUUGAAACUCGUGGACUUAAUGAAGUUGGAUUAUACCGAAUAAGUGGAAGUGAACGUGAUGUCAAAGCAUUGAAAGAGAAGUUUUUACGCAAUAAUGGUAUUCCGUGUUUGUCUGAGAUUGACGUUCAUGUUCUUUGUGGUUGUGUGAAAGAUUUUCUACGUUCAUUACGAGAACGUUUAAUUCCAAUGACGUUGUGGACAUUGUUCUCAAAUGCUGCUCAAAGAAUUCCAUCAGAAGACGACAGUGGAACUGUAAGCAAAGAUAUUUAUCAUGCUAUUGAGAUCCUUCCUCAAGCAAAUCGCGAUACUCUCGCAUAUUUGAUGAUGCAUUUCCAACGAUUAUCUGAAUGCCCUGAUGUUAAAAUGCCUUUGACUAACUUUGCAAAAAUAUUCGGCCCCACAAUUAUUGGCUACUCUUGUGCUGAACCUGAUCAACAUAUGAUGUUUGCUGAAACUCAAGUCCAAUAUUCAGUCAUGUUUUCAUUAUUGAAUGUCCCUACUGACUAUUGGAGUAAAUUUAUAACACUCAACAAGCCAACGAGACAAGAAGAAAACCGUGAAAUCGAAACUUAUGGAAGAAGAUUCUACUCAGGAACACCAUCAAUGAAGGUUGUCAGAAAAGAACGCAAAUUCUAUAACACUCCGCCAUAUUCUGCAAUUUCCAAAAAGAAGAAGACAACAGCUACAACCAAAAUAUCACCUUUACAACAACUUCUAGAAGAUAUAAACUUCCAAAGAACAAAGGAGCUUAGAAAUUUUCAACAAGAUGACAUGGGAUUUGUUGUUUUGCAAGGUAAUACACAAUGGACAGAAAUAUUCGUUCGCCAUUUCCUGUUUCAAAAUCCAGAAGCAGCUAUGGAUCAAGAUGAUCUUUUGUUUUUCGUUCGCAAGAAAUAUGUUAAAGGAAGCAACAGAGCAGCACCAAAGUAUGAUACUGAAAUCGAAGUGUUUCGAAAGGAUUCCAAGAAACUUCCUAUCGGUGAUCCAGAAGUUGAUUGGGAAGAAACCGUUUAUCUUAAUUUAGUGAUUCAUCAAUUUGAUUAUUUCCUUACGCUUGCCAUUUGUACACGCACAUCACCAAAAGAACUUCAAGUACUUAAACGUCAUUCCCAAAGAGUUUACGCUAGUCCAUCAAGAAGAAAAAUGGAUUCUAAAGGCGAAUCGGAAGAUAUCACAUUUCCUCACAUUUGCUUUAUGGUUGAUAAUUUCGAUGAAGUCUUUUCGGAUAUAUUUGUUCGUGAUGGUGAAAUGGUCUGUGUCGAACUAGUAGCCAAAGAUCACGAUGGAAGUACCCAAGGUGUGAUCUUUUUAGGGUCAAUUCGCUAUGACGCACUUAAAAAGGUUUACGAUGCAAGACAAAGUAGUCUUAGCUCGAAGAUGGCACAGAGAAUGAUUUUCGGUUUAUUCAGUUCUGUACCACAAAUGCGUUGUGAAUUUGUUCGCAUGAAAGGACCAUCAAGCAAAGGAUUUGCAGAGAUGGCAGUAACAAAACCCAAAGGAAGUGGAAUUGAAACACCAACUAGUGAACCGGGUUUUUGUAUGACUGAUAUGUGGGAUUCCGAAUGUGAAGAUAAACUUGACGAAUUUUACGAAACACGACAUCAACGUCGUUUAAGUGACCCAAGUUCAAAUCUCAACAACUUUUCAAAGAAUAAUUGGCGUACAAAACCUCAUCAGACAACUUCCAAUACUAAAGCUUUGUCCCAAAAUGAAGGAUUGGAUUCAUUAGCAAAUGACAUCUCAGAAAUUGAAGCUGGUGAUCUUAGAGACGAUCGUCCUGCUUCUUCAGCAUCGGAUACGGAAAAGAAACCAAAGAAUGGUUGCCAGCAAACCAUUGAACCGCCGUUAUCACCUUCAACAACAUGUUGCAGUUGCUUUUCAACAACUAAGUCAAUGUGUGCUAAAAAUGCUUCCGUUCAAUUUUCGGAAAUUUAUUGUCCCACAUGCUCUAAUAUUUCAAUAAAUUCACUGAAGACUGAAACAACAAUAAACAAACUUGGGCAUCCAGAACAUAUAAAUAGGUUUUCUAAAUUAAAAACUGAGAAUGAAUAUUCAAAAUAUCGUCAACAAAAAUUUGUGUUUGGAAAGUCAAACAUGAGAAAGACUUUCGGAGCGAAAAUUAAAGAAUCAUUCGAAGAUGUCACAGAUAAUGCUGAUGAAUAUGAAAUGGCAAGCGAAGCUGCAAAUACGGAAGAUAAAUCGAAGAUUUAUCAAAAUGACCAAGCGAAAAUUGAAAAAUUGACGGAUAAAGAUAAAAAACAGAUGAUCAAAGUUAAUGGAAAAGAAGAAAUUCCAUUUUUUGAUAUUGAAUUGGAACAAAAUUUUAUUACGGAAUAUUCAGAUCUUUCAGAAACUGGUGAUAAAUCAAAUACAAAAACGUCUGAUUGUGGAACCGCAAAAGUUAAUUUUACAUAUAAUGUUGCAAUGAAGAUUGAUAAAACCGAUGAAAAAUGUAACGAGAGCAAUAGCAAAGACAAAUUAAGUUUCCCAUCAAUUAAUAAUAAGAGAUUAAAGAAUAUAAUUGCAAUUCCACAACGAACGACAACUGAUGGAACUAAAAUUUAUUACAUUUGCGAUCUGCCUCUGCAACUAAAAAAAGAACUUGAUGAUGGCCAAUACAAUCCUCUUUGGACUACAAAAGGUUUCACUCAAACAUUCCACUUCUGGAAGGAAAAUCGACGACAGUCAUCAACACCUUUGAACGCUUACAUAACUUACAUUAGUUUACCUUGGUUUUGUAUCGUAAAAGAUCUUAUUGAUCAUCGAGAGAUGCCAAUUUUGACUUUUUAAAUGAUGUCGAAUUUUGAUUUGAAUAUAUUGUGUUAUUAUCAUAAACUUAGAUCUCAGUUAAUUCAGUGAUUAUCCAAUACUUAUAAAUUUGCUUUAAAUAUCUUUAAACCACAGAUAGUGUUAGAAAAUUCAAAUUUCUAAAAUUCUUACUUCUUACCUUUAAAAAUAUAUCGAAUUACGAAAUUGAUGAAAAUAAUAAAACGAAACUUUAUAAACAUGAAACGAAAAAU